UCCCGUGUUCCAGGCCCAAUGCAACCAUUUUGUAGUGAGGGCAUUCCUUUCAAAAGCAGGAACUUUAUGAAAAUAAACCCAACUUCUAACUUCUAAACCCCACCCAUUCCGUCGUUCCCGUCGGCGUCUCUCUGUGACUGUGCGUUUGUUCAUUCUUCAGUUCAGCCACGGUCGUCUUCUCCGCUUCCUUCUUUGUUCUCACCAGUUACCACCACCAGAAAACAUCUAAACAAUACCUUAUUUUUCUUUUCCUUGUUCUGACAAGGUAAUAAAAAAAAGUAAGAGAAAUGGCACAGAUGGAAGCUCCACCGAAACCUUCUCCCCAAAUUUCCGAAAUGUUUCAGAAGUUCGCUUUGGCCUUCAAGACCAAAACCCUCGAAUUCUUUGCCGAACAAGAAGAUGAUGAUGAUGAUGCCGACCCCAUCUCCCUUCUCGACUCCACUGAACAAGUCAUCACCGACCAGCGGGUCGUCGUCAUCAAACCCGACCAACUCAUCAAACCAACUCCAUCCUCCCAAGUACACUCCCAACAGCUACUACAAAAAGAGCGAGAUCGUUACCACCCCAACCAUCUGCAAAUUCUCCAAUCCUUAACCUCCUCCCUCUUCGCCACUAUUUCCUCCUUCGAGGCUUCUUACUUGCAACUACAGACUGCUCAUGCUCCUUUUGAUGCCGAAAAGAUAAAGGCGGCCGAUCAAGCUGCGGUCUCCCACCUCCAGAGGCUAUCUGAGAUCAAACAAUCUUAUAGAAAUUUCCGCAACAACUCUACCGUAGCCCCUAGUUUCCCUUUAGCCUUGUCUCACUUGGAAGCUCAGGUACAGGAGAACCAGACCAUGCUCCGUACUUUGGAGAUGGUUGUCAACAGGUUGCAGUCCGAUAUCGAUCUCAAAGAUGCUGAGGUUUCCAUGAUGAAGCAGAAAUUGGGAGAAAUUCAGAAUUUCAAUCUCAGGUUAUCUAAUUCCAACUCCACUUCGACUUCGAAUCUUGCUGCUUCUCUAUCGUCAACGUCGUCUUCUUCUUCUUCUCCAUCGUCCACGUCGUCUAUUCUAAUGUCUCCUCGAGUUUUCUAUUCUGUGUUACAGGACACUUGCAGAGCAAUGCAUAUUUUUACUAAUCUCUUGAUUGAUUUAAUGAAGAAAGCUGGGUGGGAUUUAGAGUUGGCUGCGAAUUCUGUUCAACCGGACAUUGAUUAUGUGAAGAGAAGGCAUAACCGGUAUGCAUUUUUGUCCUACGUUUGUUUAGGAAUGUUUGAUGGUUUCCAUUUGGAAGAUUUUGGUUUGGGAGGAGACGAAAGUGAGUGCAAUGGUGUCGAUUUGAGUGUUCGGAGGGAGAAUUCUUUAAGGCAAUUUGUCGAGCAAAGUGCGGGUAACGAAAUGGAGCUUCUAAAUAGGAAUUCAAGAUGUGAUUUCGCCAGAUUUUGUGAGAAUAAGUACCAGAAGCUCAUUCACCCCACCAUGGAAUCCUCCCUUUUUAGAAACUUGGAAAAGAACGAACUUGUGUUGAGUUCUUGGAGGUCUUCCACCGCUUUCUACAACUUGUUUGUAAAAAUGUCUAGUUCUCUAUGGAUGUUGCAUAAUUUGGCAUUCUCUUUUGAUCCACCAGUUGAGAUAUUUCAGGUGGAGAGAGGGGUCAAUUUUUCAAUGGUUUACAUGGAAAAUGUAACGCAAAGAGGUGCAUUAUGGGAUAAAACCAAAGCCAAGGUGGGUUUCACAGUUAUUCCAGGAUUUAGAAUUGGGAGGACGGUCAUUCAGUCUCAGGUGUAUCUAACUGGUAUCGAGUGUUCGGACUGAGUUUUUCCUUGUUGAUUUGUUGUACAGAGUAGGACAAAAAAAAGGAAUGAGAAAUCAGGCAAAUACGGCUGUUCUCCCAAUCAUCAGGAUUGGAUUGGACUGGUGGAAAAGACUAAAUGGCGAAAGUAAUUGGAUAGAUGGAACAAACUUGAUUUAUGAGGAGCAACUAGAUCUCAUUUGGUCUUUCCAUGCAGUAAGAUCUUGGAUGAGCUUGGCUUGUCUAUCCUAAGACUGUUACCCUUCUGUGCUGAAUUCUAGAGGCACCUUGGCUUUGGUGCAAAAACAAGUUGUUAGAUUGGCAUCCUGAGGGUACCUCAUUUUCAAUGUACUAUCUCUUGCUCUUCAGUUAUCAGUCAAUUUUGCUUUCGAUUUUUAUCACAGUUGUUAAGUAAAGUUCUCUGUCUGAGUCCCUUACCCUUGUUUCAUUUGACACUGCCAGUACAACGCUAUGGGUCCAAUUUCAAUGAAAUUAUUCUUUCUCAUUUUUCUUCA